GUAAACUUUUAAUUAUAUUUGCUGACACCCUACAGUCAUAUCUUGGCACCAGUAGAGUAUCUACAGUGGGGAGAACAAGUAUUUGAUACACUGCCCGAUUUUGCAGGCUUUCCUACUUACAAAGCAUGUAGAGGUCUGUAAUUUUUAUCAUAGGUACACUUCAACUGUGAGUGACGGAAUCUAAAACAAAAAUCCAGAAAAUAACAUUGUAUGAUUUUUAAGUAAUGAAUUUGCAUUUUAUUGCAUGACAUAUCACACAAGUCAGAGUUAUUCUUAAACUAAAUCUUUAUUCACAAAUUAAUAAGGGAGCAGAUCAAUACAACACACACAUUUAAAGUGAAUCAAUUGAGUGCUCUACGUUAAUGAUAGCUGGUCGACGAAUCACCCUCAGAUGAUUUGUUGAGAGCCUCGAGACAAAAGUACAAAGGUCUUUUAUAGCCAAGAUACACCCCCUUCAGGCUACAUGACAAACAACAUAUGUAUGGAAUGGGUCACAAGGUUAAGACUAGUAUGAAAGAUACUUAUAAUUCACAGCAGACAGUAUCUGCUGUAAAAACAGUUCUCUUUUUGUAUCAGUGGCUAACUGUAAGCAUUGCAAAGCAAUCAUUAGCCUGCUAUUCAGUGGAAUAGCUGUGUGGGCCCAAGUCUAAGAUUAAGGGUAUAUUUCCCUAGUUUAAAAUGAUAAACAUUCAACAUUGGCAGUAUCUGCUGUAAAAACAGUUAUCUUUGUGUAGAGACCAAGUACCCGCUUACGGGUAUUACGGGUACCAAUACCCGCUUACGGGUAUUCUUCAACAUAAAUGCGGAAAACUACGUCACAAUGCUGUAGACACCUUGGGGAAUACGGAGAAAAAGUAAUCUGGUUGAUAGCCCAUUCACUGCUCAAUAGGGACGCAUUGGAACGCAGAGCUUUCAAAAGAUGAGUCACUUCCGGAUUGGAUUUUUCUCAGGCUUUCGCCUGCAAUAUCAGUUCUGUUAUACUCACAGACAAUAUUUUUACAGUUUUGGAAACUUAAGCUGUCAAUUAUAUGCAUAUUCUAGCAUCUUGUCCUGACAAAAUAUCCCGUUUACUACGGGAAUGUUAUUUUUCCAAAAAUGAAAAUACUGCCCCCUAGUCACAAAAGGUUUUAAGGGCAGUUUUAUUUAAAAUCUUGUACCCGGGGGAAAGAAAAUCCAAUAAGCGUUUUAUAGUUACAUCGUUAAGGUAAAUUAACCAAAAUUGGACACACUCCAAACAGUUUCUAAGACAAUUGCCCAGACUUUGUAGACAGUUUAAUAAUGCUUAAACCUCAUCUUUAUCAAAUCAUCAAUUAAAGAGACCAACUCAAAACCUACGUACGUCUACGUAUGGGUUGUUUAAGUUGCAUCUCAUUAUAUUCCUCGUAUGACUUUAUCAAAUCUCAGGUAAAUGAUUAUUCACACAUACAUAGAAUUCAUCACAUUUUCAUAUCUUCACAGAAUCCAUAUAAAAUAUAGGAAAUUCUUAGGUACUCACAUCAACCAUUCCAUUUGCGUUUUCAAGGACUCUCCACUCCAAACAUACUCCCAGUGUAACCAAAAAUGUUUACUUUUGUUUCCCGGACAAUGACCAGCCCGUCAUGGUAUCCUCAGGUUCUCUAACCUCCCAGAAACCACGGCAAAAUCAAGCCUCUCAGGAACUAUAGACUAUAGACCUAUAGACGCUGCUUUCUAAAAUAUCAUCCCGCUCUCAAUAUCACCCUGUGAUAUUCAAUGAUGGGCAGUGAAGGAACGGAACCCCAAGAUAACAUUAUAUCAAGGCUUAUUAUCCAAAUUUCAAUCAUCUGAUUAAGACUCAUUUCCACAUUCACACAACUCUCAUAUCACAGUCACACAAUGGUAUUCCCAAACAUACCUCAUCAAUGAAUUGUUUUUCGACCUGCAGGAAUAUUUUCUAAUGGUUAGUUCCUAGGAUAAUGCAACUCAUACAUUUACAUCUUUCAAUACUUCUAAAAUGGGGUACAGGUUUAAAACAAUUACAAGUGCACCUUACUAUCUUAUACUAUAUCAUAAAUGGCCUUAACUAGUUCACACAGAUUCUAGUUUUCAUUUAGUUCACACAGAUUCUAGAUGUUUAACCCUAAAUGACCGAACCCAGGGCAUACAUGGCUAGCACAUUUAAAAUAAUAAAAACUUCACUUUGCGUGUUUCGCUCACCACUUUCUUUUUUAAAACUAAGUUCGGGAUGUGGUAUCCACUUGGCUCUCUGCCUCUCAGAUCAAAGGUGGGUCCAUCUGCUCCAUUCCCGAAGUGUGGUCUCCCUGAGAUCCCAGGUUUUGGGGAUCCCUUGUGCACGAUUUACCCAGGUCGUCAGGAGCGGUCACCAAGUGAAGAUUCACAUCCCAUCCUCAUCGCCAAAUGUGGUGGGUAAUUUCUUUACUAUCAAAUGAGGAGCGACAAACUUAUCACACAAGUCAGAGUUAUUCUUAAACUAAAUCUUUAUUCACAAAUUAAUAAGGGAGCAGAUCAAUACAACACACACAUUUAAAGUGAAUCAAUUGAGUGCUCUACGUUAAUGAUAGCUGGUUGACGAAUCACCCUCAGAUGAUUUGUUGAGAGCCUCGAGACAAAAGUACAAAGGUCUUUUAUAGCCAAGAUACACCCCCUUCAGGCUACAUGACAAACAACAUAUGUAUGGAAUGGGUCACAAGGUUAAGACUAGUAUGAAAGAUACUUAUAAUUCACAGCAGACAGUAUCUGCUGUAAAAACAGUUCUCUUUUUGUAUCAGUGGCUAACUGUAAGCAUUGCAAAGCAAUCAUUAGCCUGCUAUUCAGUGGAAUAGCUGUGUGGUCCCAAGUCUAAGAUUAAGGGUCUAUUUUCCUAGUUUAAAAUGAUAAACAUUCAACAUUGGCAGUAUCUGCUGUAAAAACAGUUAUCUUUGUGUAGAGACCAAGGUCUGGCCCUGGGGUCAUCUCUUUCUGGUCCCUUAUAGAGCAGAAACAUUAACUCAUGCUCUGGAAUGCGGUAUCGCCCAAAGACAUCGUAAAUCUUCCAGAGGUCCAUCCUCAGUAGAACAAACACAGAUGAACGUUCUAACAACCCUUAUUCUGUUGCAUAAAACAACCAUUUGAUGCAAUAUCAGCAUUAUUACAUAAUCUUGUAAUUUAUGUUCUGACACUAUGUAAACACAUUGCACAUAGGCUCAGGAUAACUCCUCCUGAUAAAGUUGGGUAACUGAUUUUCAGAGCUUAAAUUGAUUAGUCACAGGAAUCAGGACUAAUAAAGCCAGUGCAUCAUGUCUUUAAGACAUGAAGGUCAGUCAGUACAGAAAAUUUGCAGUCGCAAAAACCAUCAAGCUCUAUGAUGAAACUGGCUCUCAUGAGGAAAACUGUGAAGGACAACUGUGAAGGACAACUGUUUUCAACUGUGAAAACUGUGAAGGACCUCGGCAUUACUCUGGACCCUGAUCUCUCUUUUGCCGAACAUAUCAAGACUGUUUCUAGGACAGCUUUUUUCUAUCUACGUAACAUUGCAAAAAUCUGAAACUUUAUGUCCAAAAAUUAUGCAGAAAUAUUAAUCCAUGCUUUUGUUACUUCUAGGUUAGACUACUGAAAUGCUCUACUUUCCAGCUACCCGGAUAAUGCACUAAAUAAACUUCAGUUAGUGCUAAAUACGGCUGCUAGAAUCCUGACUAGAACCAAAAAAUUUGAUCAUAUUACUCCAGUGCUAGCCUCCAUACACUGGCUUCCUGUUAAGGCAAGGGCUGAUUUCAAGGUUUUACUGCUAACCUACAAAGCAUUACAUGGGCUUGCUCCUACCUAUCUUUCCAAUUUGGUCCUGCUGUACAUACCUACACGUACGCUACGGUCACAAGACGCAGGCCUCCUAAUUGUCCCUAGAAUUUCUAAGCAAACAGCUGGAGGCAGGGCUUUCUCCUAUAGAACUCAAUUUUUAUGGAGUGGUCUGCCUACCAAUGUGAGAGACACAGACUCUGUCUUUAAGUCUUUACUGAAGACUCAUCUCUUCAGUGGGUCAUAUGAUUGAGUGUAGUCUGGCCCAGGGGUGUGAAGGUGAACGGAAAGGCUCUGGAGCAACGAACCGCCCUUGCUGUCUCUGCCUGGAUGGGUCCCCUCUCUCCACUGAGAUUCUCUGCCUCUAACCCUAUUACAGGGGCUGAGUCACUGGCUUACUGGUGCUCUUCAUGCCGUCCCUAGGAGGGGUGCGUCACUUGAGUGGAUUGAGUCACUGACGUGAUCUUCCUGUCUGGGUUGGCGCCGCCCCCUUGGGUUGUGCCGUGGUGGAGAUCUUUGUGGGCUAUACUUGGCCUUGUCUCAGGAUGGUAAGUUGGUGGUUGAAGUUAUCCCUCUAGUGGUGCGGGGGCUGUGCUUUGGCAAAGUGGGUGGGGUUAUAUCCUGCCUGCUUGGCCCUGUCCGGGGGUAUCAUCGGAUGGGGCCAUAGUGUCUCCUGACCCCUCCUGUCUCAGCCUCCAGUAUUUAUGCUGCAGUAGUUUGUGUCGGGUGGCUAGGGUCUGUUAUAUCUGGAGUACUUCUCCUGUCUUAUCCGGUGUCCUGUGUGAAUUUAAGUAUGCUCUCUCUAAUUCUCUCUCUUUCUUUCUCUCUCUCGGAGGACCUGAGCCCUAGGACCAUGCCUGGCAUGAUGACUCCUUGCUGUCCCCAGUCCACCUGGCCGUGCUGCUGCUCCAGUUUCAACUGUUCUGCCUGCGGCUAUGGAACCCUGACCUGUUCCCCGGACGUGCUACCUGUCCCAGACCUGCUGUUUUCAACUCUCUAGAGACAGCAGGAGCGGAGGGAGAAAAUAAUGCUCCUGUUGCUGAUGUCCAUCCAACCUACGAGCUCUCUCUCCACCAUGACACCCAGCAGAGGACUUUGGGAUUGACGCUGGGAUCACUCCCACUGAUGGCCUGGACUGGGUUUCAGCUGUCCUGCUGAGCAAUGGGGAGCUGCUGGAGCUGUCUAUACAGAGACCCCAUACAAGACAACCAUCUCACUAAAUUCAAGGUGACCAAUGUGGAUGAUGAGGGGAAUGAGUUGGGUUCUGGGACCAUGGAGCUCACCCAGACCGAGCUCAUCCUACACACACGCAAGAGGGACGCCAUCCGGUGGCCCUACCUAUGUCUGCGGCGCUAUGGCUACGACUCCAACCUCUUCUCAUUCGAGAGUGGCCGGCGCUGUCAGACUGGACAGGGGAUCUUUGCGUUUAAAUGUUCUCGUGCGGAGGAGAUUUUCAACCUCCUCCAGGAGCUGAUGCAGUGCAACAGUAUCAAUGUGGUGGAGGAGCCUAUGAUCAUGACCGGCAGUGGACAUGCACGAGAGAUAGACAUGCCUCGAACACCACAGACACCCAACACUCCAUCAUUCCCCGUCCAGGGUUUUCCCAAUGGGUAUCCGGGGUAUCCCAUGAGAGCUGAAUCCUCCCAGCCCUCUCUAACUGACGAUCCCCAUGGCCACAGCCUCAUGGGCCUGGAUGACCAGGUUCACACCUAUAUGAAUACUGUUACUGUGGAUGGGGAACUCUCCAGUCGACACUGUGUACACUCUCUACCUGAGGUGCGGCCCACCUCCUUCAAUGAGUCAACCCGAGGAGCCAUCCCUGUCGGGGGCCAAGGAGGUGGGAAGGCCAGCAUGCACUGCUGCCCACUGGAGGAACAACGCAAGGAACCCCAGGUAUUUCUCCAGCCCUCCUCUCAGGUCAAAUUCAUGCUGGGACCCACCCCUGCACAGCGCCACCUGCUAGAGAGGGAGAGGCACGGGGGCCACAAUCCCCAUCUCAUGCUGCCUGUAGAGGGCACCACAGGCUCAGAGGCAGAGGGGGAUGAGCCUCCUCUGCACUUGUGCAACUCCCACUCCUACCACCACCCUCACUAUCACCAUGUGAUGCACCGGCACCCUGGCCAUGAGCACCAGGAGGGCUGCCAGGGCAGCCAGCUCACCUAUGAGAACAUCAACGGCCUGAGAGGGGGGCGCCGGAUGAGACUCAGCCCCAGCAGCGUGUCCCAGUCUGUGGGCUCCAGCAGCAGCAGUAGCACCACCGGAGACAGUCACGCACAAUCACACCCACACCCCCUCCAACCGCACCCCCACGGCCCAUCCUCUCUGCCACCUCUGGGGUACCCCUGUGAGCGGGGCGUAGGGAUGGGCGGAGGUCACCGGCGGACAGCUUUGCUCAACUACGAGAACCUGCCGUCGCUGCCACCGGUGUGGGAGUACCGCGCCCUGCAUAGAGACGAGGAGCAGGAUGAGGAUGACGAGGAACAGGAUGAGGAGGAGUACGACGAAGAGGAAGAGGAUUUUGACGAGUACGAGUUUUCAGAGGGUCCUGGGACACCCAACGGGUACCACCAGGACGGGCUGGGGAGGGGGGGGAUCCACCGUGACGCCCUGCAGAACUAUGUCAACACAGAGCAGGUCCAGCCCAGCCGGCUGCGACAUGCCUGCCCCCCUCACCUCCAGACCUGCCACCCCCAGUCGGACCGUGGCGGACGAAUAUUCAGCUUUGAUUUCCGUAGGCGGCCGGGAGGAGGGUUUGGUCGGGGAGAGGGCUGUGAACACGGUCAUAUGACCCCAUCGAGGCAGCUCAACUAUAUCCAGGUGGACCUCAAUGCAGAACUGCCAUGCCAGGCCCUCGGUGGGGGUGGAGGGGAAGCCCAAUCUCAGCACCAGCCACUACAGCCACAGCACCAGCGCCUGCCACCCCUCAAAUGUGGCCCCCAGCAGGCCCCACGGCGCAGUGAGUUCUACGCUGUGAUCGACCUGAAGAAGACAGCAGCCAUGUCCAACUUGCAGAAAGCCCUCCCCCGGGACGAUGGGACGUCGAGAAAGACUCGCCACAACAGCACAGACCUGCCUCUGUAGACGCAGUGAGGAGGAGGAGACAGAAAAAUGAAGGGAGGGAGAAGAGAGAGAAACAGGCUUGGUUGGACAGACUGGUAUAAGUAACUCAGCAGCACACUGAACCCCUCACUCUCAUCCAGCCAUCUGACUGUCCUUUUCUGUCCUGUUCUGUCCUGACCUGACCAGUUGGAUCAUAUACAGGUACCUAAUUAGAAAACUAAUUGAAACCUAUCCGUACAUAUUCCACUUGAUGGACCGAGAUUGGUUUGAAGUUGCAAUAUUAUUAUGGGUCACUUUCUGACUGAUGAGAUGCUGUCUGAGUUAACAGCAGAAACCCUGGUCGUGAUCUGCUGGGUUUAUAGUUAAAGCCUUUAGCUGCCAUUGUUUUUUGGUCCUCAUUCCAUUAUCAUUCAGUGUUGUUGUUUUAUUUAUUUUACGUCCCUGUUUACGAACAUGGACUACUAUCGAGUACAGGUUUACUAGUCCACAUUGUUAAAUUGACAGAACAUUUUCUGAUAUGAAAAAUAGUUUAUUAUUCCCUCAAUUGUAUUCUAAUAAUGUGCGUUCUUCACCUCACAAGCACUUCUUUUGGCCCAGUGACUGAUAGAAAGGACAGAUGAUGAUAUAUAUUUAUAACUAUCUGCCUUCAGGAAUUAGUACAGAUCAGUACAGUUUGCACAUAAUCCUUUGGAAUUGUAAAAUCGUACAUCCUAUCGAGUAUUAUAUUUUGAGUCUAAAAAAGACCUCACAGCAGAUUUCUUUUUUUUGAUGUAUCAAUUUUCUCUCUCCUCAAGAUUAAAUAUACAUUUUUCACGUUGAAAUUGUAUUUCAAAUGGAAAUAAUAGUUGUCCUUCAUACAAUGAUAGCGUGUUGAUAGAUGUUCAGCAUCCUCUACUGCCCCCCUACACACAGAUUAUUGAAUUGACCUCUGACCACAUAUCAUUCCCACUUGAAUAAGGAAUCCAUAUCUAAUUCCUAAACUAUGCUUACCUUUGCACUUUUUACCUUCGGGGUCAGACACUGGCCACUGAUGUCCCCCACAGUUCAGAAUCCCUCUGCUCUGGAGUAACAGUAAAGUUGUGCUUUGACAAACUCCUUAGAGAUGGUGAUGUCAUCACACAUGCCCAAACUAUGUAUGGAUGUUGUUGUUUUUGCAACAUUAUAGAGACCAAUAGCAACUGGAAUUUUUCAGAGCAGAAUUUGAUAAUGGCUUGAUAAUAACCUCACAUAAAAAAAAUAGGUCUUCUUGUUUACUAUUUUAGUAAGUAUCAGAUUGGUAACUGAGGGUCUGAGGGGAAUAUAGCACUAUGUGUAAUGUUAGCUAUUUAUGGAAAGUCUAUCAGUGAACAUUUGACUGAGGAUAUUAUUUUAUUUAUUCAUUCAUCGAGAUGUCUAUAUUGUGAUUGUUUUGCAAAAAGAUGUGACGACCAGUUUUUCAUAAUCCAGUCAGUUGGUGAUUUGGAGACCAAAGUAUCACCAGUCAUCAGCAGACUGUCUGUGACACCAUUGUAAUACCAUUGUUAUGCCUGUAAUUAAUAACAAUACAUUCUAAAGAAGACUGUAUUAACAUAUUAAAGUGCCAAAUCUUUACUGUUACCUGUAUGAACAUUAUGAAUCAAAUCAAUGUUCCAUUAGGAUUUGUAGAAGAAAACUUGAGGGCUAAGAGGCAAGAAGGAGUUAGCCUACAUGUCAAAAACAAAAGAAAAGUUGGAGUUCAAGGGCCAGUUUAUUAGGUACAUCUAUCUAGUACCGGGCUUGACCCCCCUUUGCCUCCAGAACAGCCUGAAUUCUUCUGGGAAUGGAAACGUUGCUCAAUUGGUAUCAAGGGAUUUUGCAUGAUGCAAAAGGAACCGGGAUUUGUGGGAUCAGGCGUAAAAAAAUAAUAACUCCUCAAUUUUCCAGUGUGCCCACCGGGGACGCUUCUUCUUGUUUUUUCUUCUUGUUUUUAGCUGAUAGGGGUGGAACCCGGUUUGGUCAUCUGCUGCAAUGGCUCAUCUGUGACAAGGGCCGAUGAGUUGUGCGUUCCAAGAUGCCGUUCUGAACACCACUGUUGUACUGCCCUGUUAUUUGCCUAUUUGUGGCCCCGCCUGUUAGCUUGCACGACUCUUGCCAUUCUCCUUUAACCUCUCAUCAACGAGCUGUUUUCACCCACAGGACUGCCACUGACUAUAGAUGUUUUUAGUUUUUCGCACCAUUCUCGAUAAACCUUAGACACUGUCGUGCAUGAAAAGCCCAGGAGGCCGGUUGUUUCGAUCAUAUCACACUGAAAGUUGCUUAGGUCACUCGUUUUGCCCAAUUCUAACAUUCAAUUGAACAGUAACUAGAUGCCUGUCUGCCUGCCUUGUAUAGCAAGCCACGGCCACGUGACUCACUGUCUGUAGGAGCGAACCAUUUUCGUGAACGGUGUGGUGUACCUAAUAAACUGGCUCUGGGUGUAUGUAUCAAGAGUAGGAGUGCUAUUCUAGGAUCAGGUCUCCCCUGUCAAUGUAACCGUAUUCAUUGUGAUCUAAAACGCAGCAUUCCUACUCUGUGAUUCUUGAUACAUAUGGCCACAGGGUUUAAAUUGUUAACCCUGUGUACUCCUCCUCAUGAAUCUCUCUAGCUGAUUCUUAACUGGGCAAGAAAGACACAUUUCACCUCAUAGGCUAGGUUAUACAUCGACAGCCAUAUUAGAGUGAGACAAAGGAUUGGUUGGAUCUAUCCAGUCAUCACAACUCUGCUGGUUUUAUGCUGCUAUAAACAUAUUGAGACAGUAUGUAAGCUAUUUGUCACAGAAGUUCAGACCGUAAGAAGAGGUCGGGGUGGUAGUGGCUGUGCAGGAUUGUACACCAUAUUGUUUAGUAUGUGGAACUACCAUUAUCUUAUUCUUCACUCAAGAUCACUGCAUAUGGGCUACCGGUAUGGAAAGAAAUGUGUUUUUAAUUCAAGGAAGUUGUAAUUUCUCAUUUCCAUUUCUUAUUUCUCCUCAUUGGUGUGAUAAUCAUCCUACCAAACCUUGUUUUCAUUACGAUCUGGCUGUCUAAUCUGAAGUAAUGUGGCUGAACGUGCAGCACAGGCCUAGCAACUAUAAUCCACAUAACUGUAUUUCAUCUGAUGGAAAAAGAUAUGUAGGUCUACUCACUGUGGGCAUUUUUCAGACAGGGAUAUAUCCAUUUGUACACAUCUUUUCAUGAUACAUUUUAAAGGGUGUUUACAUUUCGCAAUAAUGGUUUAAUAGAGUUGUAUUGAUUGAGAUGAGGUUUAUUCAGUCCAAUGUGUGUGAGGUUUGAGGUGUGUUGUUGAUGGAUCUGCAGGUCUGUUGUACUUGAUCCCUAUUUUUAUGUGAAUCGACAUUGUAACUAAGACCUUCCUCUGUCAGGCCCCCUGUUGGUAAUAAUACAGCUUUAUUGUAUACAUGCUUAAAUUAGAAUGUGGAAAAAUGCAUGUUUCUGUUUUCUUGAUUGUCUUAUAUACAGCAGAUGUGCGCUUAUUUUACACCUGACUUAACUGUGCCAUAAGGGACUGUUGCCAAGCUUUCUGCUAGAUGUGUGUGGGUGGCUCUUGAAUGUUGAAGCCUUUUAAAGGGCCAGGUUAGGUAUCAGGAGGCGUAUGGCCAAGAUAUCUGUGUACUGUAUUUGACUGUUGAUCUAGGCCCAUUCAUUAGUCAGUCAUUGUUAUCAAUUUGGUACACAGGAAUAGUACCUUAAGAUGUGGAAGUGUACCCUACACUAAAGUCAUACUGUAUCUUGUUAUAUCAAUGUUGUCACAUUGAUGUACCUUCAAAAUGAGAGAAAAGAUUAAGGAUUGGCCAGUAGUGCUAAGCUUUUAGUCGACAUUUCGGGUUUAUGUUAAGUUUUUAAUUAACAACAUAGGCUCAAUUAUUUUAAUUCCAUUUCGUAAAUAUUUUUUCUUGCUCUUACCAGAGAAAGAUGCCAAAGCGAGAGGUUUCAAUGUCGCCAAAAUAUGUCCAACAUAAGCCCAAUUCCUUUCUAUGGCCUUAUUUAGGACUUAAGCUUGUCGCCUGCCUUACGGGUUUUGGGACAACGACACCCAUUGUUAGUGCGGAGACUUCAUUACGUAUUGAUCUCUGGCUCAACUUGGGGUUUGUCUUCAGAGAUCAAGUAUGAACUGUGGUUCAAGCCUGUGGGACCGGCAGAAUUAGAAGGAAGGGAAAGACAGAAGUUCAUAGAACGCUUCACAAAUGAGGGAACAGUUGUUUAGGUAUCUACCCGACCGACAAUUAAUCGAAUCAAUUGAUAGUUGUUAUUCAUCAGUCUUAAAAGUGUGCCUUAUCUACUUUGAAGAACUACUAGGCUGCUAGCCUAAAUAGGAUGACUCUUUGGGGAGCACAGAGAUAGAUGGAUAGAUGGCUGGCUGGCUGGCUGGCUGCUAAUGUGAUGACGAUUUGGGAUUAAAUAAUAAAUCAUAAAAAAUGAUAAACUGGGUGGUUUGAGCCCUGAAUGCUGAUUGGCUGACAGCCAUGGUAUACCACGGGUAUGACAAAACACUUAUUUUUACUGCUCUAAUUCCGUUGGUAACAGUUUAUAAUAGCAAUAAGGCACCUUGGGGGUUUGUGAUAUAUGGCCAAUAUACCACGGCUAAUGGCUGUGUCCAGGCACUCCACGUUGCGACGCGCUUAAGAACAGCCCUUAGCCAUGGUAUAUUGGCCAUAUACCACAUCCACUAUAUUUAUUGCUUAAAUAUACACUACUGAAAUAUUUGAUUAAGGAUGGUGCAUUGAAAAGUGGUAAAUAGUCAUGGGCAGUCACUACCAUCAUUUGGGUUUUAAUAAUGAAAUAAUAAAGUCAUCGUACUAAAAACAAAUAUGGAAUAUACUCUACCAAAAUAUGUUAUUUAAAGAUGCACUAUGCAGAAAUUGCACUGGCAUUUCCUGGUUGCUAAUAUUCUAAUAGUUUUCCUAAUUUCAGUUUAUGUAUAAAUCGCUGUGAAAUAUAUUUUCCAAAAACAAAAAUAUUGUAUUUUCAGCUGUUUGAAGCUGGUGUACAAAACCGAAAGUAAAAGACGCAUAACUAAAUUUAAGAAUGAUUUGAAAAAAAAAACGAUUUACUGCUUCUUAGACUUGCUUUCAAUGACAAUGACAGACCACAGCUUAAUAAGUGAUAGUAAUAGGCAGUCACUGCCAUCAAUUGUUGUUUUCUGUGUUUUUACAGCAUUCAACCCACAUUAAUGUUUUUUAAAAAUCGAAAACCGUGAUUAUUUUCUCAAACCGAAACCAAACCGACCUCAAAAAGCACUAAUCACUCAGCACUACUGGCCAGUAACACAUAAAGACCUUUAUGAGCUAUGUACAGCAUAUACACCAGAGGAGCCUGGUGGGAGGAGGACGGGCUCAUUGUAAUGACUGGAAUGGAAUUAAUGGAACGUAUCAAACAUGGAAACCACAUGACUGACUCCAUUCCAUUGAUUCCAUUUCAACCAUUGCAAUGAGCCCAUCCUUCUAUAGCUCCUUCCACCAGCCUCCUCUGAUAUACACACGUAUAAACUACAACUUAGUGGCUAAUAUGUGUGUCUUAAAAUAAAGUUUUACCAUAAUUUAAUUCAAACAACAGGUUUUUGCCCUCUUUUCUGUAAAUUCAUUACAACUGCCUGACGGACAGAUCGCCAUCAAGUGGUGUUUCUUGCCACAAUGAUGGGGAUUAUGGGAAAAUAGGUAAUUUUCCUUCCACAGCCCCUCGAAAUGCCACUCUAGGUCCGUACUGCACUUAGUGCCAUAAUGUUACCAAGGUACUAACAAAGUAGCCCCAAAUCCAAGAAAUGUUACAGUGACUUGGUACUGUAUUUUCUAAAUGGUUUUGUUUAUUUAUUUAUUUACUAUUGAAUGCAUGUGUGAUAUCCACUGGUGGGUGACGAUGAUAUUGACAGGAGUCCGUUAUUUUCAUCCAGUCACAUGCUAAGCUAACACUCUUCUAUUCCAAUAAGACCAGAUCAAUGGAAACCUGUUGAACCUGUAUGUUCAUGGUGAUAAUAAUAUGUAUGAAAUGGAAUUUGUGCUGAUUGGUUGAUAGACAUUUUGGGUGGGCCAAACUAAUUGACUGUGAUGUACACUAAUAUUGACUGAGUGCCAAAUGUCCUUGAGUACUAUGACUUUGACCAAAGGUCAGGGACACACCUUGCUGAGACUCACCAGGAACUCUAUAGGACUCUCCUUGAGAGACACCCUCUGGUCUUGGUUUUACCUGCGGUAUGAAUGUAAUAAGCAAAGAGAGACUCUGUAUAGAUGAAGGGAAACUAUACUUAAUGUUUCUAUCCUUGCUGAAAACAGAAAAGUGAGUGUUCAAAAGUUUUCUCAACUUAAAAAUUUGCUAUGCGAGUUUCUUCUUCGUAUAUAUUUGCAUUUCUUGUAAGUAUGUGUCUCUCGGUAUGUACAUAAUAUAUAUGGGUAUGAUGCAGUGAAGGUCUUCUCUUGUCUUCAUUGGAGCUACUCUAACUAAGCUAUUUUUGCUACAUCUGUUGAAAUGUGGAAAGAUGAAACUCAUAGCAUCUCAUUAUAUUUGGGGAAUGCAAAAUGUCAUAUACCAUCACUCUGCGAGAAGAUGACCUGUAUAAUACAGGAUGUUAUCUGUACCCGUCCUGUCCCUGUCCCAAUACAAAACUAAACAGGCAUGCCAUUUGGUGAGAAUUAUGGUAUAUAAACCAUUGAAGAGUGUGACUUGUACGAAAAAUAUGUAUGUGACUAAAUGUAAUGUCAACAUUAAAAUUAAACUGUAAAGAACAUAGUCAUCAAAAUAACAUUUGAAUCCGAAGCAGUUUAUUUUUUUACACUGAAUCAUUCCAUUGGAGGAAAUGAUCAAUAGCUGCCUGUACCUGUUCAAAUUGCCCUCAGUAAGAUUGUAGUAUUUACAUUUCAAUGGAAUAUUACUUCAUAAUAAUCUUGUUUUACAAAGAACCUGAAAUUCAACAUUACAUACAUUUUAGACUGCUUUUGGCAGGUGAAAUAUUGUUUACUACCUUACUUUGAGCAUGCACUUUGUGUCUGCCUGUGUAACACGUUUUAUCAUUUUUUUGUACAGAGAGCAUGGUCUUGUAAGUACUAGAGAUGUUGAUCCAGCUGUAAAUAUGCUUUAUAUAGUUGUCUUGCUGUGUUGAUAUGUCUGUCUUGUUUCAUGGCUAAUGAUCCAUUGUAUCAAAAAGAGGAAUCUCACAAAUAAAGAAGAGCUUUUAUUGUU